AUGUGCACAAAUUGCUCAACCGCUUUCUGGGACAACCAAAACGUAGCCGCACGUAAAGAAAAGCGGACGUUUUGCAUAUUCACAGAUGCAUCCCGCACUGGAGCAAUAGAGGAACAGGGGAAGAGGAACUCACGUUCACGAUACGGUAAGGUAGUUACUUUGGCUGAUUCCGAAAUUAGCAAUGGAUACCCGAGAGUAAAGACGAGAACUCUUCGAGGAAGCACACCAUGGACUCAUGGGUGGCCAUUUUGGUUCCAGGAAAAUGCUGCUUCAGUUGGAAAAAAUAGCAUUCUGGCCGGGAAUGAAGCAGGAUAUGCAAAAUGGUGUUGGGAAUGCCAAACGUGCUUUGUUAACAACAGCCAUAGCGUCAGCAGUCCUCCACUGAAGCCUAUUGUCGUGGCCAGACCUUCUGAAAUAAUGGACUUGACUUGCUGA